UCUUCUUCAUCCUCUUCUGCUGCUGCCGCUGCUGUUUGAACCAACCCUUGCCUCUUCGCCUUGCCCGUCUCUUCACUCGCCAUCACACUCUUUUGCUGUUCCCGGUUUCUCGUGUGGUUUCGGUUACUACAUUCUCGACGUUACCUCGACUCACUCUUUUCUCUACGCCUACCGUUUGGACAGGGGGGCACAUCGUCUUCUCAUUGUGGUUUUCUCGCGUCUUUUUGGGAGCAUGCAGUCUGCCAUCACGCACAUUUACGCCCGCUAAGAAAAAACCUCAACCCACCCUCCAUCACCGGCAGUCCAGUCAUACCUUGCGUCAAUCGUCUGUCCUUUGCAAAUCGCUUGACUGCUGUCGACAUCUGGGGCCCGAUUGUCUGUGUGCACAUCAUAUCGCCAUCUACGUCGACGCCAUCACACACAUCACACAGCACACACACCUUCUUUUGAUUCUCCAACACGUUAAACAACCUUGUUCUUCAUCUUGUACCCGGACUUGGCUGGAGCUUUUCGAGAUCUCCUCACACAUACACAUACACACGCACACACACUCUCUCUCGGCCCCCCUCCGCGUUAUCCCACCUUUUUGGGACCUCUUGCUGGCAGUUUCUUCGAAGCUUUCUCCCCAGCGACUGUGCUUCCUUGCCGAGAGGACAGACACCCGAGUUUGUCCGUUCGUUAGGGAAUUGCGGCCGUGGCUUGCGGAACCUCCACCACAACCACUCCCACCACUAGAGCAACCCAGCGCCGGCGACGCAGCAGCAGCAGAGAGACGUCGUGGAAAAAGAAACGCUCCUCACAUCUCAUCUUCAACACCGCUCGUCCUCACUUCACAGACGCGCUCCCCAACCGUCACCUCAGCCCUGCUCAUUCUCCAUCCAAACCAGCACCGCUUUCCCAGGGUCCCCCUCACCAAAAGUCAUCACCAACAAGUUUUUAUUUUUUGUUCAUUCCUUCUGGUGCUGGUAUACCGUACAGUGCAGUAUCUACGUACAGUACCAUACCCGUCUCUCUCCUUUUUCUUUUGUAUCAGAUCUCUCUUCCUUCUUUGCAACAUAAAGCAAACUUAUCCCCUCUUCUCAUACACCUUGCCAACGGUUACCUCCACGGACAGGCGAUCUGAGAGGAGAGUAGAAACUAGAGGCCCUUGUUACCGGCAUACCUAGAGCGUCUCAUCAUUACUCUGCCACCUCGACUCGUCACAUUGGGGCCUUGUUUCUUCUUGAAUGCUUCUCGAGCUGUGUACAUCUUGAGGGUCCAUUGGCCUACGGAUAUCACUCCCACUCAUCACCCGUUUUCCCGCCUCCUUGCCCCCAGGUGCAGUUGAACUUGCUCGGACACUGGGGUUGUGCGGACUUCUCGGUCCCGGCAUAUAGCCAGCGAACAGCAUCAGCAACAGCAAAAGUAGACAUCAUUCAACCUGCGGGUGUGUGUUUGUGCGCUUGCAGUUUCUCUCUCUCUCUCUCUCACUCAGUCAUUCCCCUCAACUCAAAUUUCCCCUUCACCCAAUACAAGCCCGCCAACAAACGUCUAUUCCUUUCAAAUUCUACUACUCCUUCUGUCCCAUUCUCCGGACAGUCAGCCAGAGAAAAACGUAUAAUAUAUUUAUAUCGAGGCUAUUCCGUUUUGAACGUCUGCGACUUGACGCACAGAACGACUAUCUACUCCCCCGUUCUAAGGAUCGCCACGCCCGCAGGGCCGUCCGCCAUCUAAGUCUGGCGCGUGGUUUCUCCUCUCGGUUGAUCUAAUCAAUUUCUGUAGCAAAACCAGCCGGCCCUACCUGGCCUGCCAGCGCUCGAGCGUCUCCCACACCAAGACCCGCCGGCGAGGACGACGCCGGUUACGGUACAUGCCAAAAGUCACUCGACCUACCUUACCCUUACCCUCCUCCUCCUGGUACUCCUCCUCUCUCCUCCUCCCUCACUCCCACUACCCUACCCUACCCUACCGGUACCCCUGCCUUGCCUCUCCUCUCUGGUACCCGUCUGCACUGUCGAAAAUAAGAAAGGGCCCAAUCGGUACUACCUCAGGUACCUAGGAGCGUACCUCACUCCACGCCUCCACAGCUCCCCUAUCCCCCUGCUCAGAAUCCAUACCUCGUUCCAGGGGCCCCUGGAAGAGCAACCUGCCCGCUCCAGCAGAGCAGAGAAGCACCACUUCUUUUUGAAUGCAAUGCUAUAUUGCUGCCGAUAAUAUAUACCUUCAUCAGACGCCUCACGUCUUUCGCUCAUAAAGCAACGCCUCCACGAUAAUCUUGGACUGGCCUGCCUGCGAUCGUCUCCCCUCUGCCCCUUGUAGUAUAACAUAGCGCCACGACCUCUCACAUACACCAACGACACGCACGCAACUGCACCUCAUCUCAACUUCCCACAUUGUUUCGUUUCUUCAGCCAAAGUACGCUGUUGCGUUUGGACUCGUCUUGUGCCGGGCAUAUCCCACUCGUCCUUGUCGUUCCUGAGGAUAAACUACAUCCAAACCAACAACACCGUAUCAUCACCGUCGUCAUCCUUCAUAAGUCGACUAAACAACAAAUAACAAAAACACCAAAUCUGUCGUUCACUUGCCAAUUCUCCACCACGACACACACUACUCGACUCUCACCACAGACACCAAGGUUUCUCCAUUCCCGGCUCACCGUCGUCGACACUUGCAACAUCCUGGCAUCUCCCAAAGUAGCCUCACCACACACCACGAGAAUAGCGAGAGAAGAGCCUCAGACGUCCUUCCUAGUACCUUCCUUCGGCCCCCCACUUGGGUGAUUCUCGCGGUCCGUCUGUCUAGACCAUCUUGCAGUGGAUCCUCUUCACCUUCGGAGACCAUCAAGAGCUCUGUGCACACUUCUGCGCGAGUCUUUGAAGAGAAGCCAGACGAGAAAAUAGAAGCAAGGAAGCUGCCGGUAGAAGACUCGAGUCUGUUUCUUGUCAUCCAGACACCCCUCAAGCAAGCAAGAAAACGACGCCAGUCGUCCAAGAUCCGCUUGGUCUCCCGUACCUGAGCGCUCAGAGGUUCGACGAUCGCAUUGUUCCUGGUGGUCACCAUUAUGCUUCUAGUCUCGGAAACUUAACACACGCCGGCCCUCGACACUUGGACUUCGAAACAAAAUACACGGCAAGCCAGCCCGAACUUGGUUCACCCUUCUUAUCUCAUCCGCCGCCCGAAGAAGGGAUUGUCCUGCAAGCAACAUCAGCACUUCCCACCAGUUUGCGCUCGACCACUCGCAACAGAUCCUCCAGUCAGGUGGCUAAUUUUCAUCGAAGACGGAGAAUUUUAGUGCCUGUGCACCAGGACCCUCCCACCUUCUGGUACGUCCACACUUGUGGCUGUCUUAAAGAAGGCUACUCCCACCCGCUAUGAACUCAUUCUACCUCCUGGCCUUCAUCAGUUCGUCGUACCUUGGGUUAUCUUGAGCUGAUCGUUUCCCACCAGCUUCACUCCCCUUCCUCUCUCAUACUACUAUACCUUACUCUCCUUCUCACACACCUUAAUCUCCAUCUCUUUCCCUCAACCUCAAGAGGAGUGUCAGCUUCCCCCGUCACAGCCACCACGCCUGAUUAAUACCAACACCCCCAACCAAGCUCAGGCCUCUUCUUCCUCCUCAUCUUCUUCUCUCUUAAACACCAUCCGUCCACCCUCCUCUUCCAUUGUUCAACGUUCUUGAACGCACCGUCGUCUUCAACGCUUCGAACACUGCUCAUCUUCGGCAACCUUGCGCUGGACGCCGCACCCGUUCUUGUCUCAAGUCGUCGACCUCCUACUUCUCGGCACACAUUCACCACCCUUGCCUUCUUGUCCCAACUCGUCAUUCCUUGAACGACGAUUCGGGAGUCUGCAUACAGAGAACCCGCAUUGAGCAUCCCGCUUAAGCAACGUUCCGAACCAGGAUAACAUAUUGCACACAUCAACCCACGCUACCCUUGCUUCUUCUGCUCCGGACACCAUAUCAGCCUAGUCCUUCAUCACCCGAUAAUUCAAGACAUCCUUUAAUAUCCUUUACCGCGGAAGUAUAUAAGUAGUACAGCUACUGCACCGGUCCGCAUCUUGGUAAUCCUGAUCAACACCCAAACAAAACCCAAAGAAAUGGAACUCAUGGAGCUUGUCGAGAACGAGCCCACUGCUCGCCCCUUCCAGUGCGACUGGCAGUCGUGCAACAAGAGCUUCAACAGGAAGUCCGAUUUGCAGAGACACUACCGCAUUCACACCAACGAGCGUCCCUACUCCUGCACAACGCCCGGCUGUGGCAAGAGCUUCAUCCAACGGAGUGCUCUGACUGUCCACAUCCGUACUCACACGGGAGAGAAGCCUCAUCAAUGCCAGCAUAUUGGUUGCGGCAAGCGAUUCUCUGAUUCUUCGAGUUUGGCCAGACAUCGCCGUAUUCACACUGGCAAGCGCCCUUACAAGUGCGCCCACGAUGGCUGCCUGAAGAGCUUCUGCCGCAAGACCACGAUGGUUAAGCACCAGAGGAGAUCUCACCAGCGCGGCCUUCACCCCAACGAGCUCUUGGACGACUGCACAUCAGACUCCGACAGUGGCGAGUCUCCUUCGACCCCGAAGCACGCCGGCAUGCAAUGGCCUCCUCAAGGCGUUAUGGCCAUGAACCACCCCGGUAUGGGUCAUGCAAUGCACCGAGCUGCCUCAUUCGCCGACUUCGGUCAGCACAUGAACGGUUACCCGAUGCCCCAGCAGCAGCAACAGCAACACUACGGCGCGCACCGCCACAGCCUUUCUUCCGGCGGAGCACACGAGGUCCACGGUAUGGUCCACGACCAGCAACACCCUGGUGUACACAUGCUGCAGCGAACCGCCAGCAUGGGCCAGCACUCGUACUACGUGACGGAGCAGGGCAAUCCGGGUGUCGCUACCAUGAACACGGCCAUGCCCCAACAGUACGGACAGGUGCCCCGGCAACAACAGCCGCAGGUUGAUGUGCCGUACUCUCAACCUGGUAUGAACCAAUCCAUCCAAAGCAGCCCGAGCAGCUUCUCGGCAGCAUCGGGUAGGAGCCCAUCCAUUCAGGAAGGGUUUUAUACUCACCAGCCAACCCAAGCAGCCACAUAUGCCCUGCAUCAUGCCUCCCCCGUCCUCGAGCAACAGCAAGCCGGCAUGGUCGCGUACCCGCACCAGCAGAUGCAACAGCAGAUCCAUACUCCCCAACCGAUCCCGACUCAGGCACCGCAGCCUCCGCCUCAGCAAGUCAGCCAAUACGCCUCACCGACACCCCAGGCCCAACCCGAAGAGUACUGGAACGGCGUUCCGUACCAGGCACCGGUCGAGGUUGCGACAAUCGGCCAGCUGCCGACCUACGGCUCCGGCGUGUACGACCCUUGGGGCGGUCCCAAGAUCGAGUUCGAGGAUCCCUCAAUGCAGCUCCCGUCCGCACGGAUCGAGAACAUGUAAGAGCCAGACGCCAUUCGAUGAUGGCUUCCGCCACGCCAGGCAUCCGUGCCUACCGAUACCAAAUCAUCAUUUCCAUCGGUGCCUCGCCUUAGGCGCCGCUUGCUGUACCACCACCGGAAAUUUUGACGUCGAUUUGAUUUUAACAUAUUCCCCCACCUCGUUGAUUGAAAAAGAAGGAGAUACCACGCGGGCUCCACAGAACCGAGCUGUCGAUUGUUGAAAAGAAGAGGUUGAGCCUUUUGGAUGCCUUUAGGCCCAGUGCCUCGCCACGCCUGUCAUCCCUCCCUUGGGGCAAUCUCAUCGGGCCAAAAGGGAUCCAGACGAAGAGGAAUACAAGGAACAGAAAAUGUCAAAUCAAUCCCCCAAAAGCAUACAUCAAGUCGGUACUUUGUUUUCUGGGUUUCAACACUCACACACAACCCACUGCAGGCAUACUUUGCAAUGCCGUUUGUAAUCGUCAAAUUUGUCGAUAAGAGACGAUCGCCGGAUCUGUCGCUUCUCCCGCCUCGAUUCACACCGUGGCCCUUCGCCUUCGGGCACCAUUUUCUUUGUCAAGCACAUACUAUUACCCCGUCGACUUGGAAUAUUUGCAUCUGUUUUCAUCCAGAAUAUAUCAUUGGUGGUCUUUCUGUCGCUUCGAGUUUAUAAUUUCGUCUUUAGUUGGUCGGGUACUCGUGGGGUUUUUGGAGCUUGGUACGGCGGUUUGUGCUGUCUUAUUUAAUACUUUCUUUUCCAGUUCUUUCACUCCUUUCUCAUCGGGACGUUCAUCGACCAUGUCGACUGAACACGUUCCCGAUGAUAUGAUGCAACGAAAGCAUAACAGCCGGAGCCGGUCGGGCGGAUGGGGGAAAGCCACUGGCAUGUUGGGGAUCAUUUGACGAUAUCCGAAUCUUGACGGCCCUUUUACGACCUUGGUGGAGAGGGGGGAAAUCGCAUGAGGAUGGGAGGAGAAGGACAAUAAUGAGGAUGGAUGGAGGUUUAGGGUAAAAGGGAAAGAAAGGGGACCGUCAUACGAUGCCUGAUACACGGAAGGCUCGGUCGGGUUUGGCAGCUUUGGAAUUUCUCCGUUGCUUUUUCUCAAGGCCUUACGGCGCGACCCGGAAAACAAAAACAUUCCCUGUAACAAUAACAGCACGAAGUCGACGAUUUCACUGUCUGGUGGUGGGCGGCGCAUUUCCUAGAAAAGAUUCCUCAGGGGAAGGGUUGACGAAGAGGGAACAACCGGGAAAAGGAGGAAAUGGGGGGCCAUGAGGAGGAAUAGGGGAUGACAAGUCGUUGUGCAUAUGUAAUUUUACGUGUUUCCCCCCCUUGUGUAUUGUGUGCUGGAUUCAAAGGAGAAAUGGGAAACAAAUGGGAUAGCUUUGGGAAUUGAUACCUGGUUAGUCAGAACGGAAAGAAAUAAAGACUUUGUUAAUCAAACUCUUGCGGCCUAACUCGACUCUUUAUAUGAUUAUGAGUGAGCGAGAUGAGAACAGG